ACGUCGAGAAAUCGAUAACCGCAGGCGUGUGUACAUGGCCGAGUCGGCUGGAGUCGGCUCUCAAACUCAGGUUAUGAGUUGUGAGCCAAAGCGUUUUCGCACAAUGUAUUGAUUUUCGAUUUUGUUGUGACGUUGUUGUGACCGAACGAUCGCAAAGAGCGUUUUGCGGAAUCCCACUCGACGAUCUCUCUAACACAAAUGGCUUCGAACGAUGGUAUUGCGCCACCCACCGCUGUAACAGGAUUUCCAUCGGCAACGCCAAAUAUCGCAUCUAGCUUUGUGCCACCCAUCAUGCCCGCGGCACCCUUCAUCUCUCCUCCCAGUUUACCGCCAGGUCCUCCGGGCAUAAUGCAACCUCAGUUUUCCAUACCUCCGCCAGGUUUUACUUUCCCUAUCACCGCGGCGCCUCCUCAAGAGGCCGGAGUCAUAGCUGCGUCGCCGCAAAUAACGGCACCGGGGAUCCCGCCGCCUUCGCCUGCCAGCGGCGACGCCAGCACAGCGAUGUCCGCAUCCUCGUCGGAGAAGAAGACUGACUGGAGCGAACACAAAGCACCCGACGGCAGAACGUAUUACUAUAACACCGUGACGAAGCAGUCGUUGUGGGAGAAGCCGGACGAGCUGAAAACGCAGAGCGAAUUGUUGCUGUCGCAGUGUCCUUGGAAAGAGUACAAGUCUGAGAACGCUAAGGUGUAUUAUCACAAUGUGACCACCAAGGAGUCCAGGUGGACGAUACCGCCGGAGUUGGAGGAGCUGAAGGCGCGAAUUAUAGCGGAGGAAGCUGCAGCGGUCGCUGCGGCGGCCGUGGCGAACGCGACGAAUUCCAACAUGGUUUCUAUGACCAUGCAACACUUGUCGCCGAAUGUCCCGACUAUAUCGCAGACCAGUACACCGGAGUCAGGUGGGAAGUCGGCUAUCGAGCAGGCGAUGGCCGCGACGCUGGCGGCAAUUAAUAUUCCAACACCGCCCACGAAACCGGACGAGGAUAGUAAUUCCGCAAUGGGCUCGGCCAAUGACAGCCGCACCAGCACACCCGAGCCCAAGAUGCAGUUCAAGGAUAAGAAGGAAGCGGUCGAGGCGUUCAAGGAAUUACUGAGGGAGAGGGACGUGCCAUCGAACGCCACGUGGGAACAGGCGGUCAAGUUGAUUCAGAAUGAUCCUAGGUACCCGCAGAUGAAGAAGCUGAACGAACGUAAACAGGCCUUCCAUUCGUACAAGACGCAGAAACUGAAGGAAGAGCGCGAGCAGGAGAGACUCAGAUUGAAGAAGGCCAAGGAGGAUUUAGAGCAAUUCUUGUUAGACAACGACCGAAUGAUGAGCACGACCAAAUAUUACAAAUGCGAGGAGAUGUUUGGAGGUUUGGAGGUUUGGAGGGCGGUCGGGGAUUCGGAUCGCCGGGACAUCUACGAGGAUGUUAUCUUCAAUUUGGCGAAGCGCGAGAAAGAGGACGCGAAACAAUUGAAGAAGAGAAAUUCCAAAAGACUGGCUCAAGUUUUGGACACUAUGACGGAAGUGACUUACAGGACGACGUGGCAGGAGGCGCAGGCAUUGCUGCUGCAGCAUCCCGCCUUCGCAGAAGACGCAGACUUGUUGGAGAUGGACAAGGAGGAUGCCUUGGUUGUGUUCGAGAACCACAUCCGCCAAUUGGAGAAGGACGAGGAGGAGGAAAAGGAGUGCGAGAAGAAACGUAGGAAACGACAGGAGAGGAAAAACAGGGAUGGCUUCAUAUAUCUAUUGGAUGAACUUCACGAACAGGGCAAGCUCACGUCGAUGUCGCUGUGGGUAGAAUUGUACCCCAUGCUAUCCGCCGAUCUUCGAUUCUCGGCUAUGCUCGGGCAGUCCGGCUCGACUCCGCUGGACCUUUUCAAAUUCUAUGUCGAGGACUUGAAGUCUCGAUUCCACGACGAGAAGAAGAUCAUUCGCGAGAUACUCAAGGACAAGAACUUCGAGGUGCAGGUCAACACGACUUUCGAGGAAUUCGCCACGGUAGUGUGCGAGGACCGAAAGUCGGCGACUCUAGACGCAGGUAACGUUAAAUUAACAUACAAUUUACUGCUGGAGAAGGCAGAGGCGCGCGAGAAGGAGCGCGUCAAAGAGGAGACGCGGAAAUUCAAGAAGCUGGAGACUGGUUUCAAGAAUUUGCUCAAGACAUUGAAUGUGGACUACCAAAUGGCGUGGGAAGACGUGAGAUCGAAGAUCGAGGAGGAACAAGAUUUCAAGGCGAUCACCUUGGAGAGCGAAAGAAUACGGAUAUUCAAGGAGUAUCAGCACGAGCUUGAGGAGAGCUGCAGUCAUCAUCAUAUCAGAAGUAAGAAGAAAAAGACGAAAAAAUUGAAGCGCAAAUCACGAUCGCGUUCGCACAGCGAGUCUGAAGGUAGCGAGAAAGGCUUAAGGAGAAAGCGACACAAGUCGCAUUCGCCCAGUAUCCCCAGUAAGUCUGACAGUUCCGAGUCGGAGACGAGAAAGUCCAAGAGGAAGAAGAGCAAGAAGAAGAGAGGUCGUAGCCAUUCGCGCUCGCACUCUGGUCUUCCGUCCUCCGAAGAGUGUUCCCCGGAGAGGAAGCGAAAAGAGGAGAAGCACAGAAGGCCCUCGGUCCACAGCGAAGGUUCCCCCACGGAAAACAACGACCAUCACGAACUGUCCGAGGACGAGCUGGAGAAACAAAGGGCGCAACUGCUGCGCGAGCUGCAAAUGCAACAAGAGGAGAACUGAAGACCUCGCCAAGUGCUGUCGCACUUGCGUGCAGUCUCGGUAGUGCAACAUCUGAAAUUAUUACGAAUUAUUUAUCUUUACUCUGACGACUGCCUCUCUAUCUCAGAAGAAGGCUCCUCUUCACUACUUGGGUAUCUUUGUUACUUCAAGAAACGAGGAUGUAUUAACAGAUACGAAUAUACAAUAAGUUCAAUACUGA